AUGCAUGCCGCGUUGGCAUCUACCAUUGUUGAUCUGGUGAUGAUUCCAGAGGCCUUGGACCAGGUAGACGUUGAGCAGCCCUCUCAGUUUUGCCGCCAUGCUGCCAUGCUGCCGGCUUUGAUGGCCGAAGUCUUGAAGCACGUUGAUCAAACUUUGGCACGAAAGGACUUCAUGGUCAUUGCUGUGGCAGAAGGUGCGGGACAAAAGUUCGUGGACUCCGUGAAUUCCCACCUCAAGGUCAGCGGCGGCCGAUCCUUUUACAUUGAUCCAUCCUACAUCAUCCGCUCUGUCGUUAUCCGACCAAAUGACCACAUCUAUUGCUCCAGGUUAGCGCGAGAUGCGGUGCAUACUGCAAUGAGAGGAUACACUGGCGUGUGUGUUGGGCGGGGGCCUUACCAGAUAAGUUCACUGUGA